UCACAUCGCCAUCGCGCACAUCCCACGUCAACGGAAUGGACAAAGUCGAGUCGAUCUUCGUCAACGUCCGAGGGCUCCUCUCACGGACCUUCGAUCCGCGACUUCCUGUGGAGGUCUGUGAACGCAUCAUCGACCACAUAGCUGUGGGAUGGAAAAAGGGUUAUUUUAUUACAAAGGGCGAGCCAUAUUUGUCCACUCUCGCAUCCUGCGCGCUCGUAUGCCAAGACUGGUACUACCUGACGUGGUACCAUCUUCGUCAACGCGUCUAUCUACGAGACCGGAAGGACGUCCUCUCGCUCUCCAAGACACUCAGUGCAAAACCUCGCCUCCGUGAGGUCAUUGAACAGGUCAUUAUAUCGGGUAGUUCUCCCGGGAAGCGUCGACCGAUCAGGCACCUGGGGACGUUUGCCGCCAUGUUCGCGGGCAAGGCUCCGAAGUUGUGGUGGAUCAUCAUUGAAGACGCCGAGUGGACCAUCGGCUCGCUCCGAAUAAAGGACAUCGGCUACCUGGUUGCGUUCAGGUCCAUUGACACCCUAAAGAUCCACAAUAUCACCUUGUCGAACGUCACCCAGCUAUCACACCUCGUUUUAGCACUCCCGCGGCUUAGGGAUUUAUUGUGCAUCAAGGUUGACUGCUUGCAGAAACAGCACGUCUCCCCGGUCUCCCUCCCACUGAACUGUGCAAAUCUGGAGGAUCUCGAUGUGCGAUGGGUUGCACCAGCAGUCGAAGACCUCUGCGUGCAGAUCAGCCGGGCUUCUCGAGUGCGCGAUCUCGGUCUUGCGGUGGAUGACGAGUUAGAUCCAUCCUCGGUAGCCAGCAGAAGCCAGCCUUUGCUGGACGCGAGUUCCACAUCUGCAGAAACGAUUCAGUUCCAUUUUGAUCCCAGUUCUCCUGUUCCUGAUGAGCGACAUUACAACCUUUCACAUCACGACAAUCUGAGGCGCUUGGAGAUCUACCUGUACCCCCCAUUCGUAGCAUGGUCCUGGAUCCCGCAUAUCCUGUCUCACAUCGUCUCGAAACACUUCAAGGCUAUGUGCGUUGUGUUGGCGUUUCAGACAGACCAGAUGACCGAUGUCUUGGACGGAAUGCUGACGACAAUGGAGCAGGAUGGUGUUCUGGCGCGAUUGGACAGUAUACUGCAGGAGAAGCGCUUCUCCGGUACUAUUGCAUCGCGCGGCGUCUGUAUAGGCGUUAAUUCUGAUAAAGAUACUUGGACAACGGGGUCUGAGUUUGUUGGGAUGGGUUCAGCCGCGGCGCUACAAGAACAGUACGAUCGGCUGGACGGGCUCGUCAAGCGGAAGAUGCCACACUCGCGCGGACGAGGUAUAUUGAGCAAUGUGCAUGACUUCCAAGAAUUCGUCAGCUGGAGGCAGGACAUGGAAGAGAUACAUCAUCAAAGUAUGCAGGCUGAGCAGAAGAAUACCACCGGAGAGGAUGCGCACCCCGGGGCCGACGGUCCUCGAGGCAGCACGGAUUGACAUCCUUGCAGCCCUACAUCAUCUUGGCUUGUAUCGUUGCAUGGGAAUGGCCCCGCCGCUGUAUCGCGGGUCGAUAUGUUGCUGUCGGGGAAGGCAUUCGCGCCCACUUAUGCUCGUAUGUAGCACACAUGAUCAUCUUAUCUUUGGAGGGACGGAGCUAUGGAUGUUGUGUGCUCGAGACAGACAUUUGAUUGUUAUAGAACAGGUUUUCAUUGAUGCUGGGUGCAUCCAAUUGUAUUCGGGCACUGCGUGUGUCAACAGGACACUUGUGUUUCGUC